AACAAGCCCUCCCCCUUCCUUUUCUAGCAAAAAAUUAAAGCCACGUUUGUUUUAGUUGAUCUUUAUCGCCGCGCAAUGGAUAAUGUCACAGCUCCAUCUAGCACCGAUGUCCACGGAGAGGAACAGCACCACCACGAGAAGAAGCCUGUAUUGAAGAAAGUAAAAGACAAGGUGAAGAAGAUAAAGAAUGCUAUCGGUAAGAAAUCUCAUGGGCAUGGCGAUGAAGGCCAAGAUGUUGAUCAUCACCAGCACGGCGACUUGGAUGAAGGAGACGAGGGAUUUGUGGAGGAUGAUGAUAUGAUGGAAGAACCUGAAGUCCAUGGCGCCCCAAUGUAUGAGAGCUCAGCUAUCGGUGUGAGAACUGGAGGGAAGGAUUUUUCGGGAGGAAGAGGAGAAGGUGCUGAGAGAGCUGGCGAUGGUUUGGGUUCGAUCAAACCAAAGUUUGUUGAGGAUCCGGUCUCGCCCCCCAACUCUGAAGCUGAAACGAAGACAGGAGCCGAACAUAGUCGAGGUGGAGAAGAGGCGGAUGUGCCGCCGGAGCUCCGCCGCUCUUUGGAGGCAAUGACCGUCUCCAGCCACAAUGACGGACAAGAAAAAGAAGCUAUAAAAGGAGCAAAUAAUACUUACACCGGCAUGGUCACGUCUGCAGCUUCUAAGGUGUACGAACUGGUGGCGGAUGCAGGGACAGCAGUGAUUUCAAAGGUGAAACCUGAUGGUAGAAAGGAGGGUGAAGGUGAAGCGGUGGGGAAUCAGGACAAGGGGCUUUCAGUUAAGGACUAUAUAACAGAGAAGCUGACGCCCGGGGAGGAUGAGAAGGCUCUUUCGGAAUUAAUAACUGAAGCUGGACAACUGAAGAAGAGUGAGGAAGUGGAAGUGCCGCGGCAAGUGGGUACGGGAUUCGACGAGGGUGGGAGGGGUGCUGGUGUGGUGGAUAGGCUUAAAGAGACUGUUACUUCACUUCUAGGCGGCGGCCAGGGUUCUCCAAAGUUGCCAGCGACAGAACCUGGCAAGAAAGUGGCAGACAGCGAGGACUCUCUUCGUUGAUCAUCUGAAGCAAUGGCUGGAGUGAACGGUUUCCAUUUUAUCACUGUUUGAUACCAUGAUGGAUUCAGAAUGCCAUAAUGGGGUGCAGAUAUAUGUUUCCUCUUUUUCUUUAUUAUUAUUCUUUUUUUAGGGUGCCAUGGUUGAUCUUCGUUUGGUUCUUGUGUAUUUCUUUCCACUGAUUUGGACCUCUGGUUGAGUUGCGUGGCCCGCU